AUGUAUAUCUCCCCCCUCUCCUCAGUGAAUUUCAUAAAAGGGAAUAGUCAAGUCCUCAUUCAAAGGAUGGGAAUGACUGUUACCAAGCAAAUUACAGAUGACCUAUUUGUAUGGAAUGUUCUGAAUGGUGAAGAAGUAAACACCAUUUGCUGUGAGAAGGUUGAGCAGGAUGCUGCCAGGGGAGUCAUUCACAUGAUUUUGAAGAAGGGCUCAGAGGCCUGCAACCUCUUUCUUAAAUCCCUUGAAAAGUGGAACUAUCCUCUAUUUCAGGAUUUGAAUGGACAAAGCCUUUUUCAUCCGCUAUCAGAAGGAGACCUGGAUGAUUUGGUGCAGGAAUUAAAGGACUUAUACCAUACCCCAUCUUUUCUGAACUUCUACCCUCUGGGUGAAGAUAUUGACAUAAUUUUCAAUCUGAAAAGCACCUUCACAGAACCUGUCCUCUGGAGGAAGGACCAGCACCAUCGCCGCAUGGAGCCGCUGACCCUGAGCAGCCUGCUGCAAACCCUCCAGAGCCCCUGCAUCAUCGAGGGGGAAUCGGGCAAAGGGAAGUCCACCCUGUUGCAGCGAAUCGCCAUGCUCUGGGGCUCCGGAAGCUGUGCGGCUCUGACCAAGUUCAAAUUUGUCUUCUUCCUGCGUCUCAGCAGGGCCCAGGGUGGGCUCUUUGAAACCCUGUGUGAUCAACUUCUGGAUAUACCUGAGAUGAUCACGAGGCAGGCCUUCAUGGGCAUGCUGCUGAGGCUUCGGCAGAGGGUUCUUUUCCUCCUUGAUGGCUACAACGAAUUCAAGCCGCAGAACUGCCCAGAAAUUGAAGCCCUGAUAAAGGAAAACCACCGCUUCAAGAACAUGGUCAUUGUCACCACCACCACCGAGUGCCUGCGACACAUCAGGCAGUUCGGUGCCCUGAUGGCCGAGGUGGGGGACAUGACAGAGGAUGGUGCCCAGGUGCUCAUCCGGGCAGUGCUGCUCCAGGAGCUGGCUGAGGGCUUGCUGCUCCAAAUUCACAAAUCCAGGUGCUUGAGGAAUCUGAUGAAGACCCCACUCUUUGUGGUCAUUGCUUGUGCACUCCAGAUGGGUGAAAGUGAGUUCCACUCUCACACGCAGACGACGCUGUUCCGUGCCUUCUACGACCUGCUGAUACAGAAAAACAAACACAAACACAGGGGCCUCACGGCAAGUGACUUCACCCAGAGCCUGGACCACUGUGGAGACCUCGCUCUGGAAGGCGUGUUCUCCUGCAGAUUUGAUUUCCAACUGGAGGAUGUGUGCAGUAUGAACGAGGAUGUCCUGCUGACAACUGGUCUCCUCUGUAAAUACACAGCUCAAAGGUUUAAGCCGACCUAUAAAUUCUUUCAUAAAUCCUUCCAGGAGUACACAGCAGGACGAAGACUCAGCAGUUUACUGAUGUCCCGGGAGCCAGAGGAGGUGACCAAGGGGAACAGUUACUUGCAGAAAAUGGUUUCCAUUUCCGACAUUACAUCCCUGUACAGCAACCUGCUCCUAUACACGUGCGGGUCGUCCACCGAAGCCACCAGGGCUGUCAUGAAGCACCUUGCAGGGGUGUGUCACCAUGGCAGCCUCCUUGGGUUGUCCAUCGCCAAGAGGCCACUCUGGAGGCAGGAAUCCAUGCAGAGUGUGAAAAACACCACGGAGCAAGAAGUUCUGAAGGCCAUUAACACCAAUUCCUUUGUUGAGUGUGGCAUCAAUUUAUUCCAUGAGAGUAUAUCCAAAUCCGCCCUGAGCCAGGAAUUUGAAGCUUUUUUUUGUGGUAAAAGCUUAUAUAUCAGCUCAGAGAACAUCCCUGAUUACUUAUUUGACUUCUUUGAACACUUGCCUAAUUGUGCAAGCGCUCUGGAUUUCAUCAAACUGGACUUUUACGGGGGAGCUACGGCUUCACAGGACAAGGCAACAGAAGACACAGGCAGAGUCCACACAGACAAGUCCUCAGAAACCUACAUUCCCAGCAGGGCUGUAUCUUUGUUCUUCAACUGGAAGCAGGAAUUCAAGACUCUGGAGGUCAUACUCCGGGAUUUCAGCAAGUUGAACAAGCAGGAUAUCAGAUACCUGGGAAAGAUAUUCAGCUCUGCCGCAAGCCUCAGACUGUACAUUAAGAGAUGUGCUGGUGUGGCUGAAAGCCUCAGCUUGGUCCUCAGCACCUGUAAGAACAUUGAUUCUCUCCUGGUAGAAGCCAGUCCACUCACCAUAGAGGAUGAGCAACAUAUUGCCUCUGUGACAAACCUAAAAACUUUGAGUAUUCAUAACCUGCAGACUCAACGGCUGUCAGGUGGUCUGACUGACAAUUUGGGUAAUUUGAAGAACCUUACAAAACUCAUACUGGAUAACAUUAAGAUGAAUGAGGCAGAUGCUAUAAAACUAGCUGAAGGUCUGACAAACCUGAAGAAGAUGUGUUUAUUUCGUUUGACCCACCUGUCUGACAUUGGGGAGGGAGCGGAUUACAUAGUCAAGUCUCUGUCAAGUGAGCCCAGUGACCUUGAAGAAAUCCAAUUAGUGUCCUGCUGCCUGUCUGCACACGCAGUGAAAACCCUAGCUCAGAAUCUUCACAAUUUGGUCAAACUGAGCAUUCUUGAUUUAUCAGAAAAUUACCUGGGAAAGGAUGGAAAUGAAGCUCUACACGAACUGAUUGCCAGGCUGAACAUUCUGGAACAGCUAACGGCGCUGAUGCUGCCUUGGUGCUCUGGUGUGCAGGUCAGCCUGACCAGCCUGCUGGAGCAACUGGAGGGGGUGCCACAGCUCAUCAAACUUGGGUUGAAAGACUGGAGACUCACAGAUGCAGAGAUUAGAAUUUUAGGUGCAUUUUUUGGAAAGAACCUGCUGAAAAACGUCCAGCAGUUGGAUUUGGCAGGACAUUGCGUGAGCAGUGAUGGAUGGCUUGCCUUCAUGGGGGUACUAGAGAAUCUUAAGCAAUUAGUGUUUUUUGACUUCAGUACUAAAGAAUUUUUGCCUGAUGCAACAUUAGUCAGAAAACUUAGCCAUGUGUUAGCCAAGUUAACUUUUUUGCAAGAAGCUAGGCUUGUUGGGUGGCAAUUUGAUGAUGAUGACCUCAGUGUUAUUAAAGGUGCUUUUAAACUAGUAACUGCUUAAAUAUAGGUACCCUAAGCCAA